AUGAAAUAUCCAAUCCAUCACUUUCAAACAUUCAAAAAUCAUUUACCACCAAAAUCCUUACAUUCAAUCAACAAAUCCUUUUCCACUUUUUCAUCACAGCAACUUUUUACAAACAAUCACCACCAUUUAAUCAGCUUAAUCUCCACAACUAAAACCCUCAAACACCUUCUUCAGAUACACACACAAUUAAUAACUUCAGGCUUUAUAUACGACAAUUCAACAAACACCCAACUCGUAAAAUCUUACUCUUUUUUCAAAAAACUCAAUCUUUCUAGAUUGGUUUUUAAUAUAACACAAAACCCAAGUGUGAUUUUAUGUAAUACUAUGAUUAAAGCACAUAAUAUGUCAAAACAAUAUCAAGAAUCAAUAUAUGUAUAUGAUAAUAUGAUUAAAAAUAAUGUGCAGCCUGAUAAGUAUACUUACACAUUUGUACUUAAAGCUUGUACUUUGCUUUUAGAUAUCGAAAAGGGUGUUUUGAUUCAUGAAGAGAUUGUUAAAAGAGGGUUGGAAUGCGAUGUUUUUAUUGGAACUGGACUUAUAAAUAUGUAUUGUAAAUGUGGACGCUUGGGUUAUGCACGCCAAGUGUUUGACAAAAUGCCUGAUAGAGAUGUUGUGGUGUGGAAUGCUAUGGUGGGCGGGCUGUCGCAGAGUUCAGAUUUUGGUCAGGCAGUCGAGGUUUUUCGGAGUAUGCAAACGGGUGGUGGGGCCGAGGUGAAUGAUGUUAGUCUGUUGAAUUUGUUUCCAGCUAUAUAUAAGUUGUCGAGUGUUGGGUUAUGUAAGUGUGUCCAUGGGUAUGUGAUUAGAAGGAAUUUUCCGAAUUCUGUUGUAAAUGGAUUGAUUGAUGUGUACUCUAAGUGUAAAAGAGUAGAUAUUGCUUACCAGAUUUUUGAGUCAAUGCCAGAACGGGAUGAUGUUUCUUGGGGUACAAUGAUGGCGGGAUUUGCACUUAAUGGGUGUCAUUACGACGUCCUGGAGUUAUUUGAUCAGAUGAAGAAUAAUCGGUUAAAUGUAAAUAUUGUAUCCAUAGUAAGUGCUUUAUCAGCAGCUGGUGAAACAAGAGUUUUAGAAAAGGGAAAGACAAUUCAUGAAUGUGUCAAGAGAAACAAAUUUGAUUCUGAUAUUCGUGUAUCUACUCCUCUUAUUACAAUGUAUGCAAAAUGCGGUGAGCUAGAAAAGGCUCAAGAUUUAUUUCAUAAACUUCCUGGCAAAGAUAUGGUUGCUUGGUCUGCAGUUAUUGCAGCGUUUGCACAAUCUGGUUAUCAUGAAGAAGCAAUUUCUCUGUUUCGUGAUAUGCAGUAUUCGGGUUUCAAACCAAGUAUGGUAACCAUAGUUGGCGUUCUUCCGGCUUGUGCAGAGUUAUGCUCCAAAGAACUAGGAAAGAGUUUACAUUGUUAUUCAAUUAAACGCGACAUCGACUCUGAUAUCUCCAUAGAAACUUCACUAGUGGCAAUGUAUGCUAAAUGUGAUGAUUUCAGUUCUGCUAUGGUUGUUUUUGAAAGAAUGUCUCGAAAAGAGGUAGUGGCAUGGAAUGCUUUAAUCAAUCGGUAUGCUCAAAUUGGGGAGCCUAAUCUUGCGAUGAAGAUGUUUGGUAGGUUACGAUUGGCUGAGGUGCACCCUGACCCUGGAACCAUUGUGGGAGUGGUUUCAGCAUUGGCUCAUCUAGCCAAUCGUAAAGUUGGAACCAGCAUUCAUGGGUUAGUUAUCAAAUACGGCUUUGAAUUAGAUUGUCAUGUGAACAAUGCUCUUAUUGACAUGUAUGCUAAAACGCAAAGCCUUUGCUCUGCUGAACUGUUAUUCAAUUUAACCAUAAUUAAAGAUCAGGUAGUAUGGAAUGUCAUGAUUAAUGCAUAUAUGCGACAUGGGUACAGUCAAGAAUCAAUUUCUACAUUUCAGCAAAUGAAAUUUGUAGGCUUUCGUCCUAGUUUAGUCACGUUUGUGAGCAUACUUCCUGCAGCGGCUAAUUUGGCAGCCAUAAAAGAAGGCACUUCUUUGCAUGCUGCCAUCAUCCGUAUGGGUUUUCUUUCUCAUACCAUUAUCGGGAACAGUUUAAUUGACAUGUAUUCAAAAUGUGGGCGCGUUGAUUUAGCAGAGGCUGUUUUUAACGGUAUCGAGUAUAAAGAUACAGUCUCUUGGAAUGUGAUGCUCUCUGGAUACUCAUUAAACGGAAGUGGGGAUUGUGCGUUUGGUUUCUUCAGACUUAUGCAAGAUAAUCUUGUCGAAUUUGAUCCUGUGUCCUUUCUAAGCGUGUUAUCUGCUUGUAGACAUGCUGGUCUAGUUAAUGAGGGAAAGAGUGUGUUUUACUCGAUGAAAGAAAAACACAAUAUUGACCCAAAGUUAGAACACUAUGCUUGUAUGGUGGAUUUGUUAGGAAGGUCUGGUUUGUUUGAUGAGACUUUAGAGUUGAUUGAGUCGAUGCCAAUGGAAGCUGAUGCCGGAGUUUGGGGUGGUUUGUUGGGUGCAUGUCAGAUGCAUAGUAAUGUGAAGCUAGCAGAGUUAGCAUUAGAAAAACUUGUAAAGCUAGAGUCAGAAAGCCAAGCUCACUAUGUGGUAGUAUCAGGUAUCUAUGCUCAAUUGGGUAGAUGGGCUGAUGCAAGAAGGUUGAGAAUGAAGAUGAUGGAUAUAGGGGCCAAGAGAACUCCUGGGUGUAGUUGGGUUAAUGAAAAACGAGAUGUAUGUAUGUGAGCACCAGCUUUACAUGUUGGAGGUCUCGAGUUCGAGACAUGGGAAAGACAUUUAAAGGAAUUUCACCAAAAAGUCCUUCAGUGAAGCAGGUUUGAGUUGUGCAAAGGGGGCAUGGUUUUAUCUCAAUUUAAUGUCGUGCCUUUGGGAGGUUUAAUUGGAGGUUUCUCCUCCUACAAGGUAUUGAGGGUGAGGGGGCUCUUUAGCGAGGACCUGGUUAAGACAACGUAAGUUAGAUCCCCUGUUGCAAGCAAUUGAUCCACACAUUUCAAAAUAUGUAUGUAGGAGGAUCAGGUAUAUAACCAACAAAAAAUACAAUACAAUAUGUAUGUAUGUAUGUAUGUCAUAAUCGUUCAUAUCAUGCAAUUAAUUAGAUUUUAGUGAACGAAAUAUUACUUUUUCUGUUAACGUAGAAUAAAUUUAUCCACUAUAUCUUAUGUAUAGAUUUAAUAUAAUUAUUGGAGCAAGG